GUCCCCUGACAUGGUGAAUCUUGGGACUAUCUGGAUGUGGGACACAGAGACGCGCGAGCCUGUUGGGGAGAACCUGUCCAAUCCAUUCGGAAGCGUUCACUCUCUCGCACUCUCUCCAGAUGGUCGUCACAUCGUAUCACGUUCAAACACGAUCAUUGUGGUUUGGGAUGCGAACGCUUUCACAGAUCCUUGCGGACCUCAUCCACCCUUCGUCAACUACAACACUAUGUCAAGGACCUCAUUUGAUGGCUCCUUCCAGUCGUCGACUCCUCCAGAGUACCCAUAUUGGAAUGGCUGGAUCACGGACAAGAACGGUAAUCACGUGAUGUGGGUGCCGGACGAGUAUCGUGACUGUCUAUUGUGGCGAGGGAUGGUCAAGGUUAUGGGGCGUGAGUCAAUCACCAUCAAAUUCCCGAAUGCUUUCUCUGGAACCGAGUGGGCAAAGUGUUAUAGGCCUCAUUAUAGGCCUCAAACUUCCGCGUAGUUUUCCACUAGCUCAGCUAC